AUGGUUUUGAAGCACAACAAUCAAUUGCCCAACCAACAUUUCCGUAAGCAAUGGCAACGCCGUGUCAAGACUUGGUUUGACCAAGCUGGUCGCAAGAAGGCCCGUAGAGUUGCUCGUGUCCAAAAGGCUACUCGUGUUGCUCCUCGUCCUGUUGAUGGUCUUCUCCGUCCUGCUGUUCGUUGCCCUACUCUUCGUUACAACAUGAAGUUACGAUCUGGUCGUGGUUUCACUCUCGAAGAAAUCAAGGAAGCUGGCCUUACUGCCAAGUAUGCUCGUACCGUUGGUAUUGCUGUUGAUCACCGUCGCCGUAACCGAUCCCAAGAAUCUCUUGAAUUGAACGUUCAACGCUUGAAGGCUUACCAAGCUAAGCUUAUCAUCUUCCCUCGUAAGGCUGGUAGCCCCAAGAAGGGUGAUUCUGAAGCUGCUGAAGUUGCUUCUGCUGUCCAAUUCAAGGGUGCUCUCUUCCCCGUUCAACAAGUUGCUGCUGCUCCUGAAGCUCGUGCCAUCACUGCUGAAGAAAAGGCUGGUAAUGCUUACAUGAAGCUCCGUUAUGCUCGUUCCGAAAAGCGUACUCUUGGUGCUCGUGAAAAGCGUGCUCGUGACAAGGCUGAAGAAGAAGCUAACAAGAAGAAAUAA